AUGCAGAUUGUCAAAUAUCUUGUCGAACACGGAGCUGAUGUGAAUUCUAGAACCAUCUAUAAUCAAACACCACUUUACUGGACAAUUAGAUAUGGCACAUAUGAAAUGUUUAAAUAUUUAAUUGAACAUGGAGCUAAUAUAAAUGAUACAAUUGUAUUCAACCAAACACCUUUGUUUUUGGCUGUUCAGAAUGGUAACAGGGAAAUUGUCAGAUAUCUUGUUGAACAUGGAGCUGAUGUGAAUUCUACAGAUAACAGUCAUGCUACACCACUACACAUGGCAUCUCUACAUGGCUCAGCGGAAUUAGUUAAAUAUCUUAUCAACAAUGGUGCAAAUAUGAAUGCCACAACUGUUCAAAAUAUCACUCCAUUGUUUUAUGCUGUUCAGAAUGGUAACAUGCCGAUUGUCAAACGUCUUAUCGAACAUGGAGCUGAUGUAAAUUUUAGAGAUAAAAAACAUGAUACACCACUACACGUGGCAGCUCGAUAUGAUAGACUCAAAAUUAUUGAGUUCUUAAUCACUCAUGACGCAAAGGUAAAUGCCGAAAACAAUGAUAAAUGGACGCCACUCCAUAAGGCUGCUGAACGUGGCAAAUUUGAAAUUUUCAAAUAUUUAAUUAAACAUGGAGCAAAUAUAAAUGCUACAACUAUCGAAAAGUAUACAACUUUGUUUGUGGCUGUUCAGAAUGGUAACAUGCAGAUUGUCAAACACCUUGUCGAACAUGGAGCUGAUGUGAAUUCUAAAGACAGAAAUAAUAACACACCACUUCACUGGGCAUCUCAAGAUGGAAAAUUGGAAGUGGUUGAAUACUUAAUCACUCAUGGGGCAAAGGCAAAUACCGAAAACAAUGAUAAAUGGACACCACUCCAUAACGCCGCUCGAUAUGGCAUAUAUGACAUUUUUAAAUAUUUAAUUGAACAAGGAGCAAAUAUAAAUGCUACAACUGUCGAAAACUAUACAACUUUGUCUUUGGCUGCUCGUAAUGGUAACAUGCAGAUGGUCAAAAAUCUUUUUGAACUUGGAGCUGAUGUGAAUUCUGCAGACAAGCAUAAUUAUACACCACUUCACCAGGCUGUUUUAAGUGGUAAUUGUCUAUAUGCAGACAUUAUAUUGAGAUAUUUUCAUCCAGAUGAAUCAGCUCCUGACGAUCAAGGAAUG